AGAGAGGGGAUUGGGUCUAGACAUCGUGACAAAAGUGGGUGGGUUGGUACUGUUGUGAAGGGGGGUUGCUCAGGAGCCCCACUAUUAAACGCAAGGGGUGAGCUAGGAAGGAGUUAGUUAGUUAUUGUUGGUUACUCUCUGGAAGAAACGUCCAAUCAGAAUGCCAGAGCCAGUCAAAAAAACAGGUAAGUGCGCUUGAUUAGAUUCCAUCUCGUUUUACUGCAGCAUCAUUGUAUCACCAGCUGCUAUCUAAAGACAUCACUGGAUUUUCUACCUCCUCUCCCGUUUCCCUCUGUAAUAACAAAUCCCUCCCAACCUGUGGAACUGGUGGGACUUUUGAUCAGUGAUCAGCUCAUGUCAUAGUUUCUUGUCUUCACAGUUGCAUUUCAGAGAGGUUACGUUUGAAAGUUGUUGCUGUUACAAGGGGGAACUUUGCCAAUACCUGCCUCUUCAGCUUCAUAUUAACUAUGCAUGUCUUCUGUGUUGUAUUUUUCUCUAUUUGAUCAUCUGUGUGAGAAAAAUAACGCUGUCUCCAUACUGUGUUUCUUUGACCACACCCUCCUCCAUCUUCCAGUCCUUCAGAAAAUGGUCCAUGUUCAAGUGCUAAGCAAUGCAUGUGUUUCAAUGGUUUAAAAUACACAGUUUUUAACCUACCCAGUUUUGGUUACAAAAUACAUUAGCGUAAAAGUACAGACCACUUUUAUACUCACCCCCAUGAAGUCAUGAUGACAGUUGUCCAACCAUCAUCUCACAUUGCAGUGUUUAUGCAGUAGCCUAUAAACAAGCCUUUUCCCCCCCUGUGGUCUACUCUUUUUAGGUACUAAGAAGAGUAGAUAGAAUUCUCUCACAUAAUUCUAAUAUUCUGAAUAAUGCACAUAUGUGCUGUGGCAGGAGUUGUGUAAACAGAGCUACUGCAUAAACAUGGCUAGGUUAUAUUGACUACAGCCCACUGUCAUUUUCUUCUGGAUCAUUAUGGAGCCAAUUGUUACCAAAUGAGUCUGCAUGGACGUUGUAUAUUUACAAUGCCCUACUUAUUUAUUUGGACAGUGAAGCUAAAACUUAUAAUUUGGCUCUAUACUCCAGCAUUUUGGAUUUGAGAUCAAAUGUUUUAUAUGAGGCGACAGUACAGAAUGUCACCUUUUAUUUUAGGGUAUUUUCAUACUGUAUGAUAUAUAUAUAUAUAUAUAUAUAUAUAUAUAUAUAUAUAUAUAUAUAUAUAUAUAUACAGUGGCUUGCGAAAGUAUUCACCCCCCUUGGCAUUUUUGCUAUUUUGUUGCCUUACAACCUGGAAUUGAAAUGGAUUUUCUGGGGGUUUGUAUAAUUUUAUUUACACAACAUACCUACCACUUUGAAGAUGAAAAACAUUUUUAAUUGUGAAACAAACAAGAAAUAAGACAAAAAAACAGAAAACUUGAGCGUCCAUAACUAUUCACCCCCCCAAAGUCAAUACUUUGUAGAGACACCUUUUGCAGCACUUACAGCUGCAAGUAUCUUGGGGUAUGUCUCUAUAAGCUUGGCACAUCUAGCCACUGGGAUUUUUGCUCAUUCAUCAAGGCAAAACUGCUCAAGCUCCUUCAAGUUGGAUGGGUUCCACUUAUGUACAGCAAUCUUUAAGUCAUAUCACAGAUUCUCAAUUGGAUUGAGGUCUGGGCUUUGACUAGGCCAUUCCAAGACAUUUAAAUGUUUCCCCUUAAACCACUUGAGUGUUGCUUUAGCAGUAUGCUUAGGGUCAUUGUCCUGCUGGAAGGUGAACCUCCGUCCCAGUCUCAAAUCUCUGGAAGACUGAAACAGGUUUCCCUCAAGAAUUUCCCUGUAUUUGGCGGCAUCCAUCAUUCCUUCAAUUCUGACCAGUUUCCCAGUCCCUGCCGAUGAAAAACAUCCCCACAGCAUGAUGCUGCCACCACCAUGCUUCACUGUGGGGAUGGUGUUCUUGGGGUGAUGAGAGGUGUUGGGUUAAAAUAAAAGUUGACAUUCUGUACAGUCGCCUCAUAGAAAACAUUUGAUCUCAAAGUUUUAGCUUCACUGUCCAAAUAAAUACGUAGGGGAGUGUAUGUAGCGUAAGUUCUAAAUUCAGAGUGCAUCAUUUCAUGCACCACUGCAUUCAUGUGUAAACAUCACUCAUCAUGUGCCGAUGAUCCAGUAAUGCCUCACAGGAUUCCACUUUUUUGGGUCAGACGGAAAGCAUUGCCAUUCACUGUGGAAAGAGCAACUCAACAGAUCAGAUGACAAUACAGCCUCCUCACAGUAUUAGUUACUCAGAUACAGUAUGUCUGCUAAGACAUCUAGCAUUCAAGAUCUCCCAAAGUAUAACAGUCAUGGGCUGUUUGAGUAAUUUAGCAUUAACAUCAAGACCCUGCUAUCAACAGAUAAUUAUUCUGUAGAUCAGGUUUUUGUUGAAGUGUCUUUUAAACGUAUAAUUAGUCUCUCUACCGAUACAAAGAUGCUUUGCACUGCAUCUGCAAAGGGGUUUUGAAUUCCCCAACAGAUGAAGAAAUAAUUUGUGGUAAAAUAUUUGGACUGAAAUAAAACAAGAAACUAGAAGAUACAGUUGAACUAUAUAAGUUAAUUGGGUAAACACUUCCUGGUCCUAGUGCUAGCUAGCUAGCUGCUUUGCUUGCUAGUUAUUUUUCCUCUUCUUUUUACAAUAACUAUUGUUAUUUCAAAUUAUGUUUCAACCCUCAUAUUAUUUAUUUUUUCUGAUUUACUUUACUUUAUAUGAAGGAAUUGGAGUGAAAUGUAAUAUGCAUAGGCCCAAUAAAUACACUGUUGAGGUUAAGGAGGAGAUACCAGUCAUCACUAGCCUGAAAAAAGGAGGCACACUUGGAAGCCCAGCACAGGCGUAACAUUCUUUCUAUACUCGCUGCGCAACUAAAAUAGAGUCUCACUAAUCCCUCUACUGUGCUACCUGUGCCCCCGUCACUGGGGUUGCCUGCUGAGUGCAUUUAUUAGUGGGGCACAUAUGCAUUCUAUAUUUAAACCCAUAGGGUAAUCUUGCUCCAUAUGGAGGUCAUUUGUGAUGUAAUGAGCUGAUUGGAAACCUUUCCCUGGUUAGAGGGUAAUAAAACACCUGAUACGACUCACAGAGAGGAGAAAUGUUCUAGACAAUAAAAACCUCUCAUUAACAACACAUUGGAUAGCUCUGAUAUUAACCCACUACAAUGCAGAUGAUUGCAAUGAUAAUAUUGGCCUUUUCAGCAUUCAUCAAUUUCAAUUGAUUCAUUCAACUGAAUUCAAGACAGUGGUACAAUGAAGGUUAUAUAUUACCUUAUUUGUAAUUUAAUCUGAGAGCUUCCAUUUUGAUAAUGGAAUAUUAUGGUGUAUCAUCAUAGCGCACUUCAAAGGUUUUACAUCACAAUGUACUGCAAAAAUCCAUGACAAACUGGGCAUCUUAAAGGGAAUUAUUUCAUUCUGACCCAUCCCUCCCUCUCCAGUCUCAGCAUUUGCCAAGAAACCAAAGACUCAGGUGGCAGAGGAGGGGGAAACAGUGGUUUUUGAGACAGAGACAGAGAAGCCUGAUGCGAAGGUGAGAUGGCAGUGCAACACAAAGGACCUUGUCUCUGGCGACAAGUAUGUGAUCAAGUCAGAUGGAAACAAUCACUCACUUACCGUCCAAGCAGUCACCAAGGAGGACGGCACUGCCUAUGCUGUGAUUGCCGGAGGGUCAAAAGUCAAGUUUGACCUAAAGGUGAAAGAGAAAGAAGUCAAGGAGGAAGUCAAAUUGGAAGUGAAGGAGGAAGUGAAGGAGGAGAAAGGUGGGAGUCUAUGAGGAUGCAGACCUGUUUCCAGAGCCAUACUCACCUAUGAGCACAGUGUGAGGAGCACCGAGCACAGAGGCCACUGAGCACUGUUUGUUGCACUGCUAGUUGUUAUCACCUUGAAUCACAGUCUAUUUCAGACAAUCACUCAGUAUGUUUCAUUUCAUCAAGCACAGAACACAGUGUGUACUGUAACAUUCCCUGCAUAGUUGAUCACACAGCAACAUGUGCACUUUUAGCCUGUCAGUAGGUACUGUGUGUGGUUUGAUAAGAUGGAAACGUCUUGGGUUAGAGAGAGAGUGGCUGUGGAGAGCUCAGACUUGGAGCAGCUCCUGCCUGUCCAGUGCUGCCAUGAUUCACAUCAAACCCUCCCUGAUGACCUUCACCCUGGCCUGACACAAACAGAUUGUUUCCUCAUGAGUCACCACAGCAGCAAGUGCUCAGGAUAGAUAGCCACAAGAGGCAUCUGACAGGAGAUAACACAGUGCACAUGGAAACUUGAUCUGUUCAAAGUUGAUAAAUUGAAAUAUUUGCAAGAUAAGCGUAGAAAAAUGUGUAAAAUAGGGACCUUGUAGCAGUCGUAAUGGCAGAAAUGUUGCAAGAGGCAGGCAGGUUCAGGUGCAGAAGUUGUGCUUUUAUUUAUGUCAAUGGUGAUCCAGACUUUCAAUUGACAAUUUAGACAAAGUAAUAAAACAUAGUGAAUAUAAUAUAAUGAAAAACAAAAUGCCUAGGGGCAGGCAAACCUGUCUACUGCAGACUCAAGUUGGGGUAUAACAGGCUCACAUCAGCCUCCUCACAAUUAUGCAAACUGCCCAAAAAACUAAAUAAAUAAUAAACAAACAGGCGAUUAUGAUUCUCUUAGCUCCCCCCUGGGACAUACCUCUGUCAAGAUGACAGUUAACCCAUAACUGGUAAUGUAAAAUGCAUAUUAAUUCCAAAAUCCGUCAUUAGCCUACAAUGUAGAGUAAUAGUCUAAAGCAGACAUAAUAAUCAUCAGAACUUAUUUAAUUCACAAUUCACAGUCGAGUCAUUCAUAAUAUUGGCGUCCUCGCGGGAAGGCCACCUACAACUAUUAGAAUGCACCUGCGCACGAAUACAUUACAGGUAGGCCAACUCAGAGCCAUCUAUAUACUGUAUGUGUCUGCGCCUACCCAAAGAUUGUCUAUUAUAUUGACAAGAUAGUCGAUUGACCACCCCAACAAUGUAAAUACAUGUCCUUUAAAGAUGGAAGGCAGGCGGGGAGAGGUGAGAUCAGAUAGGACCAUUCUAGCCAACGAGAGGGAAGAUACUCGAGUGAACAACAAGCCAUAGAGAUAGAUAUCUGACCCCCCCCCCCCCCCCCCCCCCCCCCCCCGAUCAUUUCAUUGGUUCCUGCAUGAACGCCGCCCCCUCAAGCAUGUCAUCUCCCUGCUUGUGUGACACUUUUGAUAUUCACAACCUGAUUGUCUAUGCAAUUAAAAUGUGGGUCAAAAGGGAAAUAAAAGUAUUAUCUGACUUUUUCGAGGGUCCACCAGCCAACUUGACACAACUGUGGGAGGCAUUGGAGUCAACAUGGGCCAGCAUCCCUGUGGAACACUUUCAACACCUUGUAGAGUCUAUGCCCCGACGAAUUGAGGCUGUUCUGAAGGCAAAAGGGAGGGAUGUUUCUACUAACUAGAGAAACAUUCAGUUCUAUGAGUCUCUUAUUGUAAACUCUUUGUUACCAGAGGAAGCCCAGGGUGGAGCAGGGGACCCAGCAGCUCCACAUCCAGCUGCUACAGACACUGUAGCUCCAGCAGAUGCCCCAGCCCUAGCAGAGACCCCUGCAGCAGCGGACACUACACCAGCAGCACCUCAGCCAGGUGCCAAUAUACAGGCACAUGACACUCCAGGAUCUGAUGGUUAGACCAAUGUUUACAGAUUCCUUCCACCGAUCCUUUGAGCUACUGGAUACACGCUUGUGGUGGUGUUGUAGGGUCACAAUGCAUGACAAUGGAUACAUUGUAAUAUACUUCACUGAAAUCUUGAAAGAAAAUAAAGAACUUGUGCACUGCGCUUGCCAGUAUCACAAUUUAGCUUUUGUAUCAGCCUUACGGCCUUCCACAGAGCUUCUGGGAAUAAUAAAACAUACAAAAAACUAAUGAUAUAACAAUACUCUGUAGUUUGCUCCCAGCUUCUCCCUAGCUCUGUCCUGUUUAACAUUUUCCUGUUCCCUUGCCAGAAAGUCAAGCCCCUGACACGAAGACAGACCUCACAGGCCUGUUUACAGAGAAACCCCAGAGUGGGGAGGUCGCUGUGGGUGAGUGACACCAUUACAUUUUAGUCAUUUAGCAGACACUUUCCUCCAGAGUGACUUAGUUAGACACCAGACAUGUUAACAAUAGGGAACAGCACCCCAGAGAUCAUAGCCAUUCAUGUAAGCCAUUCAUAAAGAUGCUAUGGGCAUGUCAAGGCAUGUUUCUCUACUAUUUUGUCCAGGUGAGAACAUCAAUUUUGUGGCUAAAGUGAAUGCUGCUUCACUGCUGAAGAAGCCCACCAUCAAGUGGUUUAAGGGGAAGUGGAUGGACCUGGCUAGCAAGUCUGGAAAGAACCUGCAGCUCAAGGAACUUUAUGAUCGUAACUCUAAGGUUAGACUUUUGUCCCAUCCAUAGGCAUGUUACAUACUGUUGUCGCCAAUGUACAACACUGAACAUCAUGAUACAAAAACAGGUUGGACACUGCCAUGAGCUGUUAAAAGUUGUUCAGGAAAGUCCUAGAGAUCACCUUGCAAAAGACUUCAGAGGUUUUAUGGUUUUGGCUGACAUUAUUAUGACCAGGAAUUUCUGGCCUUUGUUUUCAGGUCUACACCUUUGAGAUGCAGAUCAUUGCAGCCAAGCCCAGCUUCGCUGGAGCUUACAGGUGUGAGGUGUCAUCCCGAGACAAGUUUGACAGCUGCAACUUUGACCUAACUGUGCAUGGUGGGUGCCCUCACACACAGUAAAAUCAAUAGGGGCAGCUUAACAGAAACUACAUUUUUUCUCAUUUUCUCCUUAGUGCCUUUCCUUACUAAAGCAUAGAGUAAAUAUCAGUUAUUUUUAUAGUACCUAUGGUAUAAAAAUCAAUGAUAGAGAAGAGAUUACUGAUUAUUCUAUCAUGUUUCAGAGGCCCGGGCUGUGGAAGGGUUUGACAUCAGGGCAGCUUUCAGGCGCACGUAAGCUCAAACAUGUAUUUAUUUCUGUGUGUGUGUGUGUGUGUGUGUGUGUGUGUGUGUGUGUGUGUGUGUGUGUGUGUGUGUGUGUGUGUCACAGGAGGUUGGUGGUACCUUAUUUGGGGAGGACGGGCUCAAGGUAAUGGCUGGAGCGGAAUCAAUGGAACGGUAUCAAAAACAUCAAACACAUGGUUUGAUGCCAUUCCAUUCGCUCCGUUACAGCCAUUAUUAUGAGCCAUCCUCCCCUCAGAAGCCUCCACUGGUGUGUGUGUGUGUGUGUUUGUGUGUGUGCGUGUGCGAAAGUGAGAAGGAUUGAAGGGAAAGUAUAUCACAUUGUUAUUUAGCAAGCUGUAUCAACAAAACAACACACAUCUACUUUGUACUAUGGACAUAACAAAAGCAUUUUCUCACAGCCCCAAACUAGCAGUGGUGUGCAUAUUGUUGGAUGGUUAUUUAAAUCCUUCUCUUUUUUUGUAUACAGUAUGUGCCACUACACAAUAAGUAAAUGGGGUGUGAUAGUAUCUGUACAGUCCUUUGGAUAUGUGAGAGAAAUAACUUUCUGGCAAUGCCAACUUGUCAGGAGUGGAGCUGCUAAGAAGAGAAGUGUACCAUCAGGAAGGUAGUGGGGGGAGGGGGUUUGCUGCAACAUUGGGGGUUCAUAUCCAAACACUUGGGCCUCUGAUUACCAAAAAGACUUCAGGGAAAGGUUUUCAGUCCCUCUUUUUCUUCGCUUUCCUUUUAGGUCAAACAGAACCAGUUUCUGGGAAUAUGUAACUUCCUCUCUGGGUUUUGAGAAGACAGCCAUGGUGUGAAAGAGAGAGGGUUUGACCUAACUAAUCUUUUAAAGAGACUACCUCAGAUGUUAAAUCCACUGGGUCAUCCUUUAGCUUGACAGCUUGAACACUGUCAUUGUGUCAACUUUGACAGAACCAGCUUCUGGUCUGGAGGUGAGAGAGUACAAUAGGCUCGGUUAACAAGCAGCUUAACAGCACACCAACUUUAUAUGUCACUCAAACUCUCUCUCUGAUCUACCAUGGGGUCUUUAUCAAAACAGCGGAACCAGUUGCACAAACAGUGAGCCGACGGAGUGAGUUUUGGUCUUGCCCCUGGUUUCAUGGUAUUGAAAGUGUCAGGAUGAGUUAAGACACACAGGCUUUUCUGUGGCACUGGUUCUCCAGGGCUGUCGGAUGAGAGAUAUCACUGGAGGAAGUCACUGCCGUGUGUUGUAAUUCUACCACAUGAACCACCAGGCCCUCGUUUAAUCCUGAUCGCUUCAGAGAUCAGAGGGAGGAGAUAAACACUUCCAGCCGCAUAUAAAACUGCUGUCCUCUCCCUGAGAUCCCUCAUCCCAUUUGAUCAGUGUGGUAUACAGAUUCCAUGGGGAUUUUGACCAGGUGCUGCCAUUCAACUUGAGUGCUUAGUUUUUUGUUUGGAAGAUUGUUGCUUCUCAUGGUUACGCUAGUACAGGGAAAGCAUCUAUCUCUCCAACCAACCAACUGUCCAUCCAUCCUGUCUUCCAUCUUUUCAUUCAUGCAACCACCCGUCAUUCAUCCACCCCUCAUCCAUCCAUCCAUUAAUCAUCAUCUAUCUUUCUGCCAGAAAAGACAGUCUGUCUAUUAUAUUUACAGUGCAUCACAAAGUUCUCUUUGUUUCUUUCCCCUUUAAAUAUCUACCAGCUCCCUGCGUUCCACCUUGAAAAAAUGUCAAGACCCUGUCUGCUACUGUCUAUAAUUGUCCCCCAUGAUGAAAUCCGUCCGUUCCUCUGUACGUUAGUCACACGCAAUAUCUCAGACAGCACUGGCCUGAUUUUGAAAAAACUUGGGUGAAUGAUGAGUCUUGCCACAGAGAUCCGGCAUUUACAAAAUGACACUGAUUGGUCCAAGGCAGGAGCCAUAGUAAUUAACUGACAAUUGCUGCAUCAUUUGUGGGGGACAUUUACAUUUUAGUCAUUUAGCAGACCCUCUUAUCCAGAGCGACUUACAGUUAGCGAGUGCAUACAUUAUUUUUAUUUAUUUUUCAUACUGGCCCCCCGUGCGAAUCGAACCCACAACCCUGGCGUUGCAAACACCAUGCUCUACCAACUGAGCUACAUCCCUGCCGGCCAUUCCCUCCCCUACCCUGGACGAUGCUGGGCCAAUUGUGCGCCGCCACAUGGGUCUCCCGGUCGCGGCCGGCUACGACAGAGCCUGGACCACAUGUUUACUGUUGUUUUCAAGGGUGCAGCUCAUCUCUUAUGGUGAUGAUGAUAACCACACUGUAAGAAUACAUUUCUUUGAUAAAGUACUGACAUUGUGUUAUUGGUGCUGAUAUUUUUUACAGUAGUGUGGAUGGAAGUGAGGAAGCAGGAGAGUUGGACUUCAGUGCCUUGUUGAAGAAAAGGUGAGUGUGAAUUAUCUCAGAUUAUUUCAGACCAAAAAGUUGAGUAACAUUAAUAUAAUUAUUUUCAAAAUCAGAAAGCUUGUUUCUCUUGGGCAUAUUAUCUCACUAUGUUCAUCUCGCUUUGUCCCCCCCCCCCCCUCCCUCCAUUUCACUAUACAGAGAGUAAGUGACUACUACUACUUUACCUAACAGAUUGGAUUAAUGGACAUAUUUUCCAGCUACUUUAUCACUAACCUGAUUUCAGGUCAGUCUUGCUGUCUACUAACAAUGCAUCUUGAGUCCUCCUGCUAAUCUCGCACUGGUCCCAGACUACUUCUGCCUAGCCCCUCACACCCCUCAUGCCCUAUAGAAGGCUCUGUCACUUCUACCACACAAGCUAGAACACAUAGAGCAGUACACUCUUAAAAAAGGUUCCAAAAGGGUUCUACGGCUGUCCCCAAAGGAGAACCCUUUUUGGCUCCAGGUAGAACCCUUUUUGGUUCCAGGUAAAACCCUUUUGGGUUCCAUGUAGAACCCUCUGUGGAAAGGGUUAUACAUGGAACCCAAAAGGGUUCUACCUGGAACCAAAUAGGGUUCUUCAAAGGGUUAUCUUAUGGGGACAGCCGAAUAACCCUUUUAGGUUCUACAUAGCACCUUUCUUUCUAAGAGUGCAGAAGACUUAGCACACAUCUGAAUGUACUAGAAGCUUUCACAACACUUUGUGGUCUGCAUCUGUUUCUUCUCUAUGAGUGUCACUGCUUCAUCACAAUGAGUCAUCACUGACUCUCAAGACCUUCCUUCCAUAUCCAGUCACGACUCCGCCUGUUUUAAAAGCACUGGUUUAUUUCCGCCCCCAUCACACACAAACAUUGUUCCAUCUCACUCAAUCCCUUAAUGUCAAACCCAUCUCCUAGACUAGUGGAUGUCAUGCCCUGGCAUUUACCUUGAUGUCAUGUGUUGACCUAUACUGGCAAACACAUUUUUUUUAAGGUCUCUUGUUUGUUGAAAAUGUGAAUGUUUUUUUUUCCAAAAUUCAUAAUGCAGUAUAAACUAUUCUGAUUUGAUGUUCUGUAUAAUUCAGAUUAAUCGGAAUUCAUUUUCAAUUUUUUUCAAUAGCUAUGGCACUUUUCUGUAUGUCUGCAGACCAUUGCAGCAAAUAUUAUAUUUUUGUUGUAGUUAUUCCGCUGGUUUGCUGUCUUCAUGGAUGGGUUCUAGGGUGCUAUAAUUCGAUUUUGGGUACUGCAAUGUAUAUUUGAUGUGUUUAUUAAUUUGUUUGGUUUGUCUUGUCAUGCCUGUCGCUUGGGUUCUGCUUCGGAAUGAGUGCAGCAGUUUUUUUAAAGGUUCACCAGGUCAUCGGUAAGAAACAAUUGUUGUCGAUGUAAUAAUAUGCUCUGUGAUUGUUAUGUGAAGACUGCAAUGAGUUUUUGAGUGAAACCUGAAUGCAAAUUUGACUUGUAAAAAUGUAAUGGAAAAUUGCAGGUAAUGAAGAAAAUGUAUAAAUAGGCCUAUUGAACAUGAGUAGGCCUAACUGUUACUGUGCAUGGUCUGUAAUGCAGCCUAAUGAUAAUGCUAAGUGAUGGCUUCAGACAUUGGCUUACCCUGUCCCCUUGUGUCCUCUUUCUGUGCCAGUACCUCUAAGUCCCAGGUCAAAAGUGAGCCUGAUGGGGAUGUAUGGGAAAUCCUCCAGAAGGCUCCAGCCAGUGAGUAUGAGAAGAUUGCCUUCCAGUAUGGCAUCACAGACCUGCGUGGGAUGUUGAAGAGGCUAAAGAAGAUGAAGAAGGAGGAGAAGAAGAGUGAAGGUUGGUGUCUCUAUCUUUGUGAAACCAACACUUAUCCUUCAGCUAAUACAUUAUGCAUCCUGUGUAAGGGUUGGUGUGAGGUGUGACCCAGGUGCGGUGCAGGAUAGACAGUAGGCAGUAGGCAGAGAUAGUGAAACAAGGAUCUUUACUGGUGGUCCCGAAGCCAGGAUACAAAACAACAGACUAUACACGAAAACAAAUGAGGAGCACAUAGGUCUCCAAAAAACAGGCUGACAACAAACAAUACGAAAUACUAACUCUGACUGGAAAAAGACAAUGACACAGGGAGAACACUUCUCGAGUACCUGUAACUCCGUCACGUGAUCCGACACUGAUAUGUACUGCUUGACAUCAAGGAACUAGCAGAGAAAACUGAGCAAGGGAACACAGGGAAGUGAGGGCAUAAAUACACAGGUGAAUCAGAUAGCCAGAGAGACUAAAUGUUACCUCUGUUGCACAGGAGGCUGCUGAAGGGAGGACGGCUCAUUAUAAUGGCCGGAAUGGAGUUAAUUGAAUGGCAUCAAACACAUGGAAACUAUGUGUUUCAUGUAGUUGAUACCAUUCCACCUAUUCCGCUCCAGCCAUUACCACGAGCCCGUCCUCCCCAAUUAAAGCGCCACCAACCUCCUGUGCUCUGCAUGGUUAACUAUAGGAAAGGUAAUUGCUCUCCAUGUGUCUGUGUCUCCAAACCCCAGCUUUCCUAAAGAAGCUGGACCCUGCCUACCAGGUAGAAAAAGGGCAAAAAAUGAAACUAUGCAUUGAGGUGGCCAAUGAAGAUGUAGAUGUAAAAUGGCUGAAGAAUGGACAAGAGAUUCAAUCAACUGGAAGGUAGCCAUGAGCGGAAAGGGUUUUCUGAGCUUGCAUUCAACAAACUGAAUGAAUUACUGAUGUACCAUCUCUUAAAAAAUGUGUGUACAACACAUACGUAUUCAGCAAAUCAACAAUACAAUUUCUCUUCCCUACCCCCACAACACGUGGAUGGACUGUGCUGAUCUUGCUGACCUUUCAUGAACAGCAAGUAAGUACUUUCAUCAUUUCAAGCAGCACAUCUGAGAUUUUUUUAUCUAGGUACCGACAGUAGCAAAGGGCUCACUCCAUACUGAAAUAAGCCAUUGUCAACCAUUGUAAAUAUGGAAGCUUUUUUGGGUCUCCACACUGCUGUCUACUCUGAAAACAAUAUGAUGGCUGAUGUAAAUCUGUUAUGCUAUAAACCAAUUAACCAACUAUCUAUACAAUGUAUCAUCAAGAAGAAGACAGUGUUACACAGAAGGCUUUUGUGAUUUGAAUGUUGUCUGUCAAAAAGAAGGGAAAUGUAUUUUAUAAAAGAUCUUGAUGAAUAAUUGAGUGGAUAAUGAAGGUUCUUGUCCAUCUACCAGGUACAUCUUUGAGAGCGUUGGCAACAAGCGGUACCUGACCAUCAACCACUGCUCUCUGUCAGACGAUGCCACAUACACCUGUGUGGUUGGAGAUGAGAAGUGCACCACAGAGCUAUUUGUCAAAGGUACAUGUGAGACAACUGAAAGUGGACAAUCAACGGUCCAACAUCAAUGUUUCAUUUGUACACCAGUUUGAAUGCAUUUCACACUGACAUUCUAUUUGUGCCUGUGUGAUGUUUAAGAUAGCAUCAUGACAUAACAAGGGACAACAAGGGAAACUCACAACAAAGGAAAUAUGAUUAUUUGCUAAGAUGCCUGGUGGUUUAAUUGUGGUUCUUAUUGUUUCUUUCUCUGUGUGUCUGCAGAGCCUCCUGUCACUAUUACAAGUAAUCUGGAGGACCAGAUGGUUAUGAAGGGUGAGCGGGUGGAGUUAGAGUGUGAGGUGUCAGAAGAAGGGGCUGCUGUCAAAUGGUAAGACAUUCCCUCAACCCACAAAUCAAACUCAAAAACCAUAACUUCCUUACCAUAGCAGGUGUGAGGAGGUCAACAAUGGGAGCCAUACCAGACAGGAUCUUAAGAUUUACAACGUGCCAAGUCCCUGACCCAGGACAUCAAAAGCAUGGUCUGGCAUACUGUUCACAUUAAGUCACUUCACAACAACUCGGAGAGACACAACAGAUGGCUGGAAUAACUAAUAUGGGUGACAUAGUGGUACAGUAGGUUUCGUAUAGGAAAUAGCUGUAUUUUCCGUUUCCCUUGAUAGAAGUAAUCCACAUAUCAGAUAUUGGUUUGAGGAUAACAUUACUCUGGUUGUAAGGAUUGAAACAGUAGUCGUUUUUGAGUCUGUGCUGCAUGGUGCACAUUCCUCACAUGUCCGGUAGAUGGCAUUUGUGUCGCUCAUGGCUGUAACGUGUUAGUCACCCCCAGGCUGUGACUUCCCUGAUUGACAGAUAUAUGCUGACCUGCCUGUCACAGUGUCUCUGCCACAGGACUGGGCUGUAUAUCACGGUGUCUCUGCCACAGUGUCUCUCUCACAGUGUCUCUGCCACAGUGUCUCUGUCACAGUGUCUCUGUCAAAGUGUCUCUGUCACAGUGUCUCUGCCACAAUGUCUCUGCCACAGGGCUGGGCUGUGUAUCACAGUGUCUCUGCCACAGUGUCUCUGCCACAGUGUCUCUAUCACAGUGUCUCUGCCACAGUGUCGCUGUCACAGUGUCUCUGUCACAGUGUCUCUGUCACAGUGUCUCUGUCACAGUGUCUUAUCCACAGGGCUGGGCUGUAUAUCACAACAUGCAGUAAAUUAUCAGCCACAUGAAAGGUCACACAGGGCUGUUAGCACCUCCCCUGUCCUUUAGCGUAACAAGAAAGUCAUCGUGAAUUAUGGUCACCCAUCUAAAAUACAACAGGGUGAUGUUCCUGGAAUUGGGCCUAACCAUGGGCACAGAAAUAAAUACCUAUCUGCCAGUUUGUUUCUAUGGGCAAACAUACAGUAUCAGAUUGCCAUGAUACCACUGUUAAUACCUGUGCAACUGUGCCUUCAUUGGUGAAAAUUAAAUAGUUCUUGUAAAGUGAUGACCUUUCAGAAAAGUGACAUGUUGAGAACAUUUGUCAGUGCCGAUUUGUAAUGCAAAAUGGCUGACAGUGAUACAUCGACAACUCUGUAACACAUUCACUAGAUACUGUCUAACAUAACCUCAAAUCAGAGCUGUUAUAGUGACACCUCUGACUGUUUAUAAAGUCUAUAUAUAGUGUUGCUUAAUAUAUAGAAAUGUAGAUGUAGAAAUGCAGAUUCAAUCAAUCAGACAAUAAUGGAGAAUUUGAGACUGCUGGUGCUCAUGUGGGGCUCUGUCUAUGCAGGGAGAAAUAUGGUGUGGAGCUGACAAGGGAUGAGUCCUUCAAGUACCGCUUCAAGAAAGAUGGCCGCAAGCACGUCCUCAUCAUUAAUGAGGCAACUAAGGAGGACUGUGGCCACUACACAGUUAAAACCAAUGGCGGUGAAUCUAUGGCUGAACUCAUGGUGUCGGGUAAGUGCUCACGUCAGACAACAUAACAGAAUGAAAUACAUCUCUGCUCAACAAUUUUGAACAUGAUAGCUAGCAUCUGGGGGUCCAACCACCUGCCCAGUCCUACAAAGCUUAUGGUUCCAGUUAAGGCCAGACCCCACGUAAUCUUCUCUUGUCUUCUUCGAACUUUCACCUACAUUUUUUAUGUAUGCUCGGUGAGAUACAGAAGAAAACCACUUUUGUGAAUCUCCAACCCUUUUCUGUCAUACCGAUAUAUCUCACAUGUUUCUCUACUUUUUCUCGUGUUCCUUGUCACUCAAGCAUGCCCCUGUUCUGCCUAACCUUGAACACAUGCCGAUGCCAAGGACAAUCAACCUCAACUCCCGCCACUCUGCAAUCCUGGUUCUACUAUCACUUAGCACAAGACACAUAUGUUAUGGCUUCCACAAUGGCCUCCGGCGCUAAAGUCUUAGAAGACAUGUGCAAUAUCUUUUUCUGAAGGGUACAGGCUGGCGCGGGUGACCCUUAAUUGUCUAUCUGUCUCUUUGUCUCUCACUCUCUUACUACCCUCUUCUCUCUUCUCUCCGCCCCCUCUCUUCCUCACUAUGAUCUCUCUCUCUAUCGAUCUCUCUCCCUCCUCUCUCUCUCAUCUCUCUCCUCUCUCUCUUCUCUCUCUCUCUACUCUACAGCUCUCUCUCUCCUCUCUAGCACACCUGUCUCUCUUGGCAUCUCCUCUCGCUCUCUGUGUUCCUUCCCUCUCUCUCUCUCGCUCACUCUGGCGCUCUCUAUCUCUCUCUCUCUCUCUCUCUCUCUCUCUCUUCUGCUCUCUUCUCUCUCUCUCUUCUCUCUCUCUAGCUGCGGUUCUGCUGUAUGUUACAUUUGUUCUGUAUAUCUAAUUUUUGCCAACAGGGGUUUCAUCAUUAUAGGGAUAGCCCCGAAAAAGAUCUUCAGGCACUCAGCACAUUGACCCCAUGUUGGCCUCUUCCCGAGAGUCUCGAGAAUAACCACCGGCGACGAGGUAGAGCCGUGGUGAUGACCCCCCUUCCCCCAGUCGGACCGCCGAAAGUUAGCACGAAAAUCUCAACGACCCGGCGGACCCCCUUACUCCCAUCUUCUUUACCCCGUCGAUUGAACAACAACCAUCAAUUAACAACGUCACUUCAGCAUUUUCAACUAUGCAGAACCUUAGCCAUGUCACAAUGACAUCUAAAAAACACCCAUUCUCCACCAUCUCUUAACUAAGCAUCAGUUUAUGACCAUUUCACAACCCUAACAUGACCAUAAAUGCCCAGUCAUUGAUGUCAAGAGCUGCAGAGUGCAGACAUUGGUUUUGCUGUCCUAAAGAUAGACCUGCAAUAUUUUUUGAAAUUUUUUUAUGUAGAUGUAAAUUACAUAUACAGACAUGUAUGUUUGUACUGUGGGGAAAAAAAGUAUGUAGUCAGCCAGUACAUGUCCAGGCCCGUCUGAAGUUUGCUAGAGUGCAUUUGGAUGAUCCAGAAGAGGAUUGGGAGAAUGUCAUAUGGUCAGAUGAAACCAAAAUAUAACUUUUUGGUAAAAACUCAACUCGUCGUGUUUGGAGGACAAAGAAUGCUGAGUUACAUCCAAAGAACACCAUACCUACUGUGAAGCAUGGGGGUGGAAACAUCAUGCUUUGGGGCUGUUUUUCUGCAAAGGGACCAGAACGACUGAUCCGUGUAAAGGAAAGAAUGAAUGGGGCCAUGUAUCGUGAGAUUUUGAGUGAAAACCUCCUUCCAUCAGCAAGGGCAUGAAGAUGAAAAGUGGCUGGGUCUUCAGCAUGACAAUGAUCCCAAACACACCGCCCGGGCAACGAAGGAGUGGCUUCGUAAGAAGCAUUUCAAGGUCCUGGAGUGGCACUAGCCAGUCUCCAGAUCUCAAACCCCAUAGAAAAUCUUUGGAGGGAGUUGAAAGUCCGUGUUGCCCAGCGACAGCCCCAAAACAUCACUGCUCUAGAGGAGAUCUGCAUGGAGGAAUGGGCCAAAAUACAAGCAACAGUGUGUGAAAACCUUGUGAAGACUUACAGAAAACGUUUGACCUGUGUCAUUGCCAACAAAGGGUAUAUAACAAAGUAUUGGGAAACUUUUGUUAUUGACCAAAUACUUAUUUUCCACCAUAAUUUGGAAAUAAAUUCAUAAAAAAUCCUACAAUGUGAUUUUCUGGAUAUUUUUUUCUCAAUUUGUCUGUCAUAGUUGACGUGUACCUAUGAUGAAAAUUACAGGCCUCUCUCAUCUUUUUAAGUGGGAGAACUUGCACAAUUGGUGGCUGACUAAAUACUUUUUUUCCCCACUGUAUAUACAGUUAUCAAAUCAAAUCAAAAUCAAAUCACAUUUUAUUUGUCAAAUGCUCCAAAUACAACAGGUGUAGUAGACCUUACUGUGAAAUGCUUACUUACGAGCCCUUAACCAACAAUGAAAAAAAAAUAAAAAAAAGUAAGAAUGUUUUUUGCUAAAUAGACUAAAGGAAAAAUAGUAACGCAAUAAAAUAAAAUAACGUGGCUAUAUACAAGGGGUACCGGUACCGAGUCAAUGUGCAGCGGUACGGGUUAGUCGAGUAAUUGAGGUAAUAUGUACUAUACAUGUAGGUAGGGGUAAAGUGACUAUGCAUAGAUAAUAAACAGAGAGUAGCAGCAGCGUAUGUGAGGAGUGUGAGGGAAUGUGAAUGUAUGUGUGUGUGGCGUCAUAUGCAUGUAUGUGUAUGUUUUGUGUGUGUGUCCGUGUGUGUGUGUGUGUUGCAGUGUCAGUGUAGUAUGUGCGGGUGUGUGGUUAAAGUCCAGUAAGUGUCCAUCGAACCUGUGCAAGACAGUCAAUGCAAAAAAAUAAGAAUGAAUAAGAAUAAAAUAAGGGGCUCAAUGCAAAUUGUUCAGGUAGCCAUUUGAUUAACUGUUCAGCAGUCUUAUGGCUUGGGGUAGAAGCUGUUAAAGAGCCUUUUGGUCCUAGACUUGGUGCUCCGGUACCGCUUGCCGUGCGGUAGCAGAGAGAACAGUUUGUGACUUGGGUGGCUGGAGCCUUUGGCAAUUUUUAGGGCCUUCCUCUGACACUGCCUGGUAUAGAGGUCCUGGAUGGCAGGGCCCAGUGAUGUACAGGGCCGUACGGACUACCCUCUGUAGCGCCUUGCAGUCGGAUGCCGAGCAGUUGCCAUACCAAGCAGUGAUGCAACCAGUCAGGAUGCUCUCGAUGGUGCAGCUGUAGAUUUUUUUGAGGAUCUGAGGACCCAUGCAAAAUCUUUUCAGUCUCCUGAGGGGGAAUAGGCAUUGUCGUGCCCUCUUCACGACUGUCUUGGUGUGUCUGGACCGUGAUAGUUUGUUGGUGAUGUGGACACCAAGGAACUUUAAGCUCUCGACCCGAUCCACUACAGCCCCGUCAAUGUGAAUGGGGGAGUGCUCGGCCCUCCUUUUCCUGUAGUCCACGAUCAGCUCCUUUGUCUUGCUCGUGUUGAGGGAGAGGUUGUUGUCCUGGCACCACACUGCCAGGUCUCUGACCUCGUCCCUGUAGGCUGUUUCGUCGUUGAUGAUCAGGCCUACUACCGUUGUGUCGUCGGCAAACUUAAUGAUGGUGUUGGAGUUGUGCUUGGCCACACAGUCGUGGGUGAACAGGGAGUACAGGAGGGGACUAAGCAUGCACCCCUGAAUACACAAGUAUCUUGUGUGUAUUAUUUUGUCAUGUGUCGCUCAGGGGUUGUUGCGCGUAGUUGAAUUUAAAGAUGAUAUCUGGCCCAGCUCGCAACUAAAGUUUAUCUAGGCCUCUAAUCAAAUGUAGCCGUUGCCAAGAAUUACCAGCUGCCAAUCUGCUGCAGGAAGCAACGCCUCCCAUAGCAUAGCUCCCAUUAUGCUCUCAGUAGCAGCUUCUCAUUGCCCCUGUCAGCUAACUUCAUUCUGCUGUAACCUUCACUCUGAGUGGAGUAGUAUAUAUUGAUCAUUGCGGACACUACCUGUCCACUACCCUUAACUGUCUCGUACUCUCUCUUAUUUUGAUAGACUUUGAGCUUGCAGCCUCCAUCGAUGUCUGAAAGUAUUUGUUUCCUGUGUGGAUCAGAUGCCCUAUCCUCUAUGCAUCUGGUGUUGUCAUAUACUGUAUAAGUUAUACGGUAUAUCCAUGUCACCUAGGUCCCCCAGAAAAACAUAGGAUUAUAAUGAACACACCCCAUACUCUGAAAUAUUUUAUAUACUACAUACAUUGUGAAUCAUAUGAGGGCCAGUCAUGACAUACAUCUCUGACCUCUGACUUCUGACCCUUUAGAGAAGGAACUGGAGGUGUACCAGAACAUUGCUGACCUCACGGUGAAGGCAAAGGACGAGGCUGUGUUUAAGUGUGAGGUCUCAGAUGAGAAUGUGAAUGGUAUCUGGUACAAGAACGGAGUGGAAGUGAAGGCCGAUGCCAGGACCCAUAUUACACACAUUGGCAGGUGAGAAUGAUAUUCAUACUGUUGUAUUGGGUAGGGUCAGAAGGUUUGUUGGGUAGUUGGACAAAUACUAGUAAAAAUUAUGUUCUCUCACUGAAGGAUCCACAAACUCACUAUUGAUGAUGUCAAACCCGAGGACGAGGGUGACUACACCUUUGUUCCAGAGGGAUACGCGUUCAACCUCUCAGCCAAACUCAACUUCCUGGGUACUUUAACAAUUACACCAUGUCAUGUGACCCUGUAUUUCAUAAUGAUAAUUUUCAUCUAAUGAAUUCAUUGCGUGCUUGUCUGUUUUUCAGAGGUCAAGAUCGAUUAUGUGCCUCGCCAAGGUAUACCAUGGUCUAUUCUUCAUCCUCGCAGCCUCUUAUUCUAUUGCAAAGAUUAUAUAUCUUGGAUUGCUGGAUUAAGAUACAUUUACAUAUGUUGCAUGUCUAUCAUUCUUUAUUCCUGAAGAUCCUCCAAAGAUCCACCUGGACUGCACGGAUCAGACGGCCGACUCCACCAUAGUGGUGGUGGCUGGGAACAAGCUGCGACUGGAUGUUCCCAUCACUGGAGACCCAGCGCCUACUGUGGUCUGGACAAAGGGAGAAAAGGUAAAGCAGCUGGUUUUCCUCAUCAGCCACGCAGGCUAGCGCAUAGCCUCUAUUCCAAUCUUGGCAGCCCAGAACCAAAUAUUGUGUGAACACUGGCCUCUGGCCAGUGAAUGUUUAGGAGAGACUACCUCAGUUCCAAUCCAGAUGAUCAGGUCUUCUAGGUAAGGCUUGCUGUGAGAAGACUGAACCAUGUUGUUUUAUCUGACCCAUUAGUAAGUCCUAAGCUGUCUAAUACUUUGUAUGUUCCCUCAUACAAUUAACUCUUCCACUACCAGUGGCCACGUACUGUAGACUAGCAUAAUUAUUAAUGUUUCUUUCCAUGUUUUUUCACUAUCAACUAUGUGGUUUACCUUGUUUUCCACUAUCAACUAUGUGGUUUUCCAUGUUCUCCAUUGUCAAACUUGUUAAUUUAUGUCUUGACUAAUUGUUUCACUUUCAUGGUGAGAGGGUCCCUUCCUCACCCAUACCAACAGGUAGGAGGUCUGCAGGUGAUCACAUGACCUAAAUGCCCGCAGAUGACUGGUUGUUUACUGGGAACGGGAGGUUAGUUGGGGAGAAGGGGAGGACAAGAGGGGAAUACCCUCUGGCCCUCUGGCCUCCUCUUCAGCACCCUUACUGCUUUGCUCUGCUCAUGUAGGCUGGCUCUGAGGUGGCGGCAGAAACAUGGAGCAUCAAGGAUGGGGAUGUGAGUGUGGCCCUAAACACCAACGCUGAGGCCUGUGCAUGUCUCUUUUCUGUUACUACUUCUCUCCAUAUCACCUGGGUUCCAAAAAAUGCAUCUCUUUGCCCUGUAUAUUUGUGUUGAUGGAUUUGUGUGUCAGUCUCAUGCUGUUCUUCUUUCUCUUUUGACAUCCCUGUUACUUUCUAUUCCUCAUUUUCUCACACACUGUUCAUUUCAAAACAUCAAGGAUUUUGUCUGUGCCAAUAGAGGCCUGGGUGGUAGCAUGUUGCAUUCUGUCCUACACCAGUUAAUUACCUGAUAAUUAACACAGCAUUCAAUGCUAAGAAAACAAUGCAUGCAGUUUCAUUCUUCCAUGAUGAUCAGGUAAGAGCAUGUUCAAAAUCUUCUGCUGAAAUGAAAGACAUCGAAGAGGUGACACCAGGGCAGAACAGUAAGUAUUAUAGCUGCUUUUGCAUGGCCAUUUUAGCUGAGUCUAUGAGCAAACCUCCCAGUGUGGUUGGUUUUCUUGCCAAAAAGCAUGACCAGGUACAUCCUUUCCAGCCAAUGUGUCUUGGAAAGUGUAUUUCAUCCUUUUUUGGCUUUGACAAUAAACAGUAUCAUCAAGGGUGUGUUCACUGGAACAGACCGGAAGCAAGCAAGCCAAAACAAGGAGGGACCUACCUGAAUUUGUCCAUUAAGAAACUCUUGUUUGCAACGGUGUUCACUAAUGAAUACACCCCAGAUCAGAUGAUAAAAACGGUUGCAUUACGAAUUGGAAUUGAUCCCUUUAGUUCAGCUGAAUGAGAAUAACUCCACUAAUGAUCUGCUGUCCUGAUGAGUCAGGUGAUGACAGAGGAAGAUGGAAGGGUCCACGUGGAGAGCACCAAGGGACACUGUAUCUUCACUAUUGAGGGAGCGGAUAAACAGGACGAGGGCCUCUACUCUGUGAUUGUUCGGAACCCUGCUGGGGAGGACAAAGCUGACAUUAACGUCAAAGUUGUUGGUAAGAUACAACCACUGUCCACAAGGAUUUUUGUUGAUAAAUUUUUGUUCCUGUCAUUAGUCAAAGAGAUGAGACACAUUUGUUUAAUCAGGUUGUGCCUUGCUUAUCCUGUAUUUUACGCUAUAUUUCCAGAGCUUGGGACAAACGUUCUAUCUGCAUUUUUGUCCAAAUUGAGUUAUUGUCAAAGCCUUGUUCUGUUCAAUGUUCUCUACCUAUAUAGUACUCUAAAUACCCCAAUUCAUGUUGUUAAGUUGAAACGAAUACUAGAUAUAAAUUGUGGACACCAUUCAAACCAUUGAGGGUUUGGAACUUUAAAGCCAAUUAUCUCAGAAUCAUCUUUUUGGAGAUAAAACCUUAUAGUCCCAAGUCAGCUUAUUCCUGUUUUUUUAUGGCCUUUUAAUUUCCUCAGAUGCGCCAGACCCUCCCUCGGCCCCAAGGAUCCUCAGUGUUGGGGAGGACUCCUGCAUUGUCCAGUGGGACCCCCCUAAGUCAGAUGGUGGCAACCCGAUCAUUGGUGAGGAUAUACAGUAGCGUGCAUAAUGGCUUACCAUAUCUUAUGUUCAGGCAGACACAGUGCUCACUUGUUUACAGCAAAUAUGAGUAGUUUGACUGUAGUAUACUGAUAGGUACAGUCACAUGUCUAUCAGUUGAGGCUGCUGGGAGGAUGGCUCAUAAUAAUGGCUGGAACGGAACUAAUGGAAUGGCAUCAAACACAUGGAAACCAUGUGUUUGAUGUAUUUGACACCAUUCCACUAAUUCAGCUCCAGCCAUUACCAUGAGCCCAUUCUCCACAAUUAAGGUGCCACCAACCUCCUGUGAUGUCUAUAGUAACCAUGUUUGACUUUUUUUUCCCAGGCUAUGUGCUGGAGAGGAAGAAGAAGAAGAGCUACAGGUGGAUGAGGCUGAACUUUGACCCCUACACUGAUACUACCUAUGAGUCCAAGAGGAUGAUAGAGGGUGUGGAAUAUGAGAUGCGUGUCUAUGCAGUGAACGCCAUCGGCAUGUCACGGCACAGCGCUGCCUCACAACCCUUUAUCCCAGUGGGUGAGUUCCCCUCCUAUGGUUUUUACUGUGUGAAAUUGAACUUGCCUGUUUGAGGGAUGGGGAAAUAACUUUUGUCCCAAAUGCAAACAGAUAGGUGUCAGCUUUCAAAACAUGUGUGGAGAAUGAUUUAAUGGGAUGGAUGGUCAUCCCAUAGACACGUGCUCUGGUGGGGCGGUCACACUGGGCUGUAAUCAUGCUUGACCUUUGGUCAUUCCUGGUGACAGUCAGACUAGGGGACAGUCAGACUAAGGGCCAGGUCAGCUAAAGGUAUCAGUCACUCCCCAGUCAUAUGAGUAUGUUUACAUGCUCACUAAUAAUUUGAUAUUAAACUGAUAAUGGCAGUAGGACCAGUAUUUGCAAUAACCAGAGUAAGGUGUUUACAUGACUAUCUUAAUCGGCGUAAGGUCAAAAUCGAAGUAAGCAUACGCUGAUUAAAACACCUGGUUUUCUGAGCAAUCUUUUGAAUUAUUAGGACAUGGAAACAGCUUAAUCGGAGAUCCAGCAGUGUAUUUGAUCUGCACAUGUGCCAGCACCAGCAGCGCAAGCCUCUUACAAACUGUAUAUAGGCUUCCCAAAAAUAACAUGAUCACUGUGGUACAACGUUUAUUUUGAUUGGUGAUUUUCAGCAUUUAUUAAAUGCCAUCAGGUAGCCUGAUUUCAGAUGUGUCCAUGUAAACAGGAUUAUUAGGAAAAUCGUUCUUCUUACAAACCAUGUAAAUGUUUAAAUCAAACUAUUAUAUUCAUCUGACUAUUCACAAUAAUCGUAUUAUUGUGUGCAUGUAUUGUCACACUGUCACGUAAACACAACUUUUGUCCUGGCAGAGAUGACUGCUGUCUGAUUUACACUGACCUGCUGUGAGCUGACUACAGAACAUAAACAGAGCAUAAAAACUGUGGAAACAACCCCAUUGUUCUCACUGCAGCUACAUACCUGUAUUCUCUGAAGAUAAUGUUGAUAUUAUUUCCUUGAGAAUACAGUUGCACUAAAAUGUCACAAAAUUCACAGUUUGAUGUAUCAUCUUAUUAUUUACAUGAUUUUAAUUGAAAAUGUGCAAAACUGUUCUCAUCUUAAAGUAUUUGGAUUAACCGUAUACAUAUUUUCAGUGGCAGUGUGUUUGAUUGACUUCAGUGUUGUCUAUCACUACAGUGAAUUGUCUUGGGGGUUUGGCUACUGAGAGUUAAGUUUACAUAGCCCCUAAGCCAUGUAAGGUCUGCUAUGCAAUCACAACGGGCACCUGUAACCACUCAACAACACAUGGUCAUCUUGACAUUUGGUUUCCAUGGCAUGCAGACUUGUGCUUGUAGGGAAAACAUGUUUGGGUAGACGCUGGCUAAAAUAAGACUGGAGGUGUCUUCAGGACAGAAAUCAGAGUCUGGUGGAAUUAAGGGGCUCUCUUUUGCUGUGUCUCUUAUUAUUUUACCUUGGGUCUCCCUCAACCUACUCAUCCUUCUCCGGGAUGUGAGUGUGAACCCCGAGGUAUCCGGACGGACCCAUCUCUUGUAAGACAGCUGAUUAGGAAACUAUCCGUGGCAUCCCCCUCUAUAAAUAAUGGCAUGUAAGCGCGCGGCGGGGCUGGGACCAGCUGCUUAGAACACAGGGGCUAGCUGCUACUGUUGAGGCUGCUCUAGGAGGACAUUGACCCAGCUGAGCUGCUGCUGUCGAGUGCUAUCACUGAGGCAGAACAGAGAGAGAGAGAGGAGCAGCAGCAGAGUAGAUUGAGGCGUGUGGGAGACAAGGAACAGGAGGAGUACGACAAGCUCACUUCGAACAGGACUAUCUUAACCUUAUUCAAGGAUGACCAAGCCAAUGCUGCCAAAGACGGCCGAGAAGAAGCCAGCGGCGGAGGAGGUUCCAGUGGACGGUGCAGCAAAGGCACCGACAGAGGGGAAGGCCAAGCCAGAGGCAGCAGCAGCACCUCCUCCAGAGGAACCUGCCCCAGAUCCAGUGUCAGAGGCCCCCGUUGAGCCAGCAGCACCCACAGCAGAGCCAGCCCCAGCAGAAGGAGCCCCAGCUGAGGACGGGGCCCCUCCGGCAGAUGCAGCACCUCCGACAGAAGGAGCCCCACCAGCCGAUGGAGCUCCUCCUGCAGAGGGUGCCCCAGCAGAGCCUGCCCCGGCAACAGAGCCCGUACCAGAGCCUCCUAGGAGUAGGCAUUGAUUUAUUUUCCUCUAAGCUAGGGUCAACUAUUAGGGGCACGGUCUGUGCUGUAAUAAAUACUGGGUUUUCUUUCAUGAUGAUGAUAAUAAGAUAGAAGGUAAACCCUGGCUGUGGUUUCUGUGGUUCUGUUCUCCUUUUUACUGUUUUUGUGAGGGGCAAUAUAAGUAGGAAUAGACAGUGCCACAUUAAUUGGUAGAUCAGAGAUGUUUGCUGUAUGUUUUGUCUCUCUGUAUUAAAACUCACAGGCGCAAAAGAGAAGAAAUGUUUUCUACUAACAGACUUUCCUGUGUUGUUGUUUGUGUAUUGGCUAGUAAGAUGAAAAGGAUGUUUAUCAAAUUAUUAUGUUUGCUGUGUUCCUGUUCUGCCGGUAGCCGUCGGUUGGUCUUUCCCAUUCAGUCCGACCCUUUCAACACAGACUGACCUCUGACCUCUAGUACGGGCCUACAUGGCGCCCCUGUCUGUUUAACCUGUGACAUGGGACCAGAAAUGAUCAGUCUAUAAUUUUAAUGGUAGGUUUAUUUGAACAGUGAGAGACAGAAUAACAACAAAAAAAUCCAGAAAAAUGCAUGUCAAAAAUGUUAUAAAUUGAUUUGAGUUUGAGUUUGAGUUUAUUUUUUAUUUUUACAGGGACAGUGCACAUUAAUCAACGUUUCAGUAAAAGUGCCGGUUUUAGCCAGCCGGCUAAUUUUCAACCGCAGUCCCUGGGCAGGUUAUUAAAAACAAUUACAAUAUAGACAAUAACAACAUAGAACAAGACAUAUCAUACAGACAUAGCAACAUAGGACAAACAAGACGUAGCAUACAGACCGAGCAACAUAGAACAAAAAGCAGCAAGACAAAAUUCAUAAAAGCAACAAAGUGUUUCCACACCUCACAAGUUACAGACAACAGACAUGGAAAGCGGCAACACACAGCUAGGGACCAUGUUCACAAAUCUGAUUGACCUUUAUGCAUUUGCAUUUUAAUGAGGGAAAUAAGUAUUUGACCCCCUCUCAAUCAGAAAGAUUUCUGGCUCCCAGGUGUCUUUUAUACAGGUAAAGAGCUGAGAUUAGGAGCACACUCUUAAAGGGAGUGCUCCUAAUCUCAGUUUGUUACCUGUAUAAAAGACACCUGUCCACAGAAGCAAUCAAUCAAUCAGAUUCCAAACUCUCCACCAUGGCCAAGACCAAAGAGCUCUCCAAGGAUGUCAGGGACAAGAUUGUAGACCUACACAAGGCUGGAAUGGGCUACAACACAGUUGGUGCGAUUAUUCGCAAAUGGAAGAAACACAAAAUAACUGUCAAUCUCCCUCGGCCUGGGGCUCCAUGCAAGAUCUCACCUCGUGGAGUUGCAAUGAUCAUGAGAAUGGUGAGGAAUCAUCCCAGAACUACACGGGAGGAUCUUGUCAAUGAUCUCAAGGCAGCUGGGACCAUAGUCACCAAGAAAACAAUUGGUAACACACUACGCCGUGAAGGACUGAAAUCCUGCAGCGCCUGCAAGGUCCCCCUGCUCAAGAAGGCACAUAUACAGGCCCGUCUGAAGUUUGCCAAUGAACAUCUGAAUGAUUCAGAGGAGAACUGGGUGAAAGUGUUGUGGUCAGAUGAGACCAAAAUCGAACUCUUUGGCAUCAACUCAACUCGCCGUGUUUGGAGGAGGAGGAAUGCUGCCUAUGACCUCAAGAACACCAUCCCCACUGUCAAACAUGGAGGUGGAAACAUUAUGCUUUGGUGGUGUUUUUUUGCUAAGGGGACAGGACAACUUCCCUCAGCCAGGGCAUUGAAAAUGGGUCAUGGAUGGGUAUUCCAGCAUGACAAUGACCCAAAACACACGGCCAAGGCAACAAAGGAGUGGCUCAAGAAGAAGCACAUUAAGGUCCUGGAGUGGCCUAGCCAGUCUCCAGACCUUAAUCCCAUAGAAAAUCUGAAGGUUCGAGUUGCCAAACGUCAGCCUCGAAACCUUAAUGACUUGGAGAAGAUCUGCAAAGAGGAGUGGGACAAAAUCCCUCCUGAGAUGUGUGCAAAUCUGGUGGCCAACUACAAGAAACGUCUGACCUCUGUGAUUGCCAACAAGGGUUUUGCCACCAAGUACUAAGUCAUGUUUUGCAGAGGGGUCGAAUACUUAUUUCCCUCAUUAAAAUGCAAAUCAAUUUAUAACAUUUUUGACACGUGUUUUUCUGGAUUUUUUUGUUGUUAUUCUGUCUCUCACUGUUCAAAUAAACCUACCAUUAAAAAUUAUAGACUGAUCAUGUCUUUGUCAGUGGGCAAACGUACAAAGUCAGCAGGGGAUCAAAUACUUUUUUCCCUCACUGUACUCUGUUCCGGCCAUUAUUAUGAGCCAGCCUCCCCUCAACAGCCUCCACUGAUGGUUAAAUAAGACAGAUGGUUACUUAAGGGAAAAAUGAAAGUAGGGUGUUUGGUCAGGGUGGAUGGGUAGGCAUAUCAUGCAAACGUCUAGCAACCCAAAGGUUGCGAGUUUGAAUCUCAUCAUGGACAACUUCAACAUUUUAGCUAAUUAGCAACUUUUCAACUACUUACUACUUUUGAGCUAUUUUGCAACUACUUAGCAUGUUAGAUAUCCCUUCCCCUCCCCCUAACCCUAACCCCAACCUUAACCCUUUUAGCUAACCCUUCCCCUAACCUUUACCCUUUAACUUACCUUAACCCUAACCCCUAACAAUAACCCCUAGCCUGGCUAACGUUAGCCAGCUAGCUGAUGUUAACCCCCUAGCCACCUAGCUAGAAUUUAUAACAUAUCAUAAGUUUGCAAAUUCGUAACAUAUUGUACGUGUCGCAAAUUCGUAACAUUUAAUAUGAAUUGUAAUUCGUAAACAUGUCAUACGAAAUGGGUAAUGGACAUCCACAAAUUAAUACAUACCAUAUGAAACAUAUCAUAUCAUACUAAAUGGAGUGGCUCGGAUAUGCGUACAGAAUAAUACGAAAUGCUCUAAGACCAGGUUGAGUAUUGAUGAAAGCUGUGUCCUGCAAGGGCCAUUCUAAAUCUCCAGUGUGCUAGCUCCAUGUCAGCUUGCCUGCAGGGGAGCUUAACACAUUGGUUGUGGUAAGGUUGGAGAUACUGUAUUUCAGGACUCGUGCAUUUAUUGUAGGACCCUAGUUUACAUGGCUGUUACCUGUAGCAACACUACACUUGAUCUGCAGCUAAGUUAAGCUGCCUUGAUGCUGAGGCAUCAGUGACAGGUAGCAGUAAAUCCACAAUAAAAAAUAUCCUGGCUUGACACCUGCUGACACUGAUAUGUUUCCUCCUCUGUUUUGCAAUAUGUCUUCUUUACAGUCACGUACUGUGACAUCCGUGACAUAACAUAUGGAACUAUUUAUGUAUUUUUUCUUGACAUAGAUUUCUUAUUUAGACUAGACUAAUGUUGCUGAUCUCCCUCUCUCUUCCUUUCUUGUGUCCCUCUCUCCCUCUCUCUCUGUAAGCCCCAACCAGUGAGCCCGUCGGCCUGUGCGUGGAUGACAUCAGUGACACCACCAUCUCACUGAAGUGGAGAACCCCGGAGCAUCUGGGCUCGUCUGAGCUGGAUGGCUAUGGGGUCGAGUACUGCAAGGAGGGCUGUGAGUCCUGGGGUCCAGGAGGGUCUGGCAUUCAAUAUUUUGAUCCCUGACACACACACACACACACACACACACACACACACACACAAUAUCUGAGUAGAUAAGGGGAGGAUGACAUGAAAGCUGUUGAAGAGAGUAUUUCAGUUAGGAACACAAUAUUUGAAAACCAACCUAACAAUAUACAGUGGGGGAAAAAAGUAUUUAGUCAGCCACCAAUUGUGCAAGUUCUCCCACUUAAAAAGAUGAGAGAGGCCUGUAAUUUUCAUCAUAGGUACACGUCAACUAUGACAGACAAAUUGAGAAAAAAAAUCCAGAAAAUCACAUUGUAGGAUUUUUAAUGAAUUUAUUUGCAAAUUAUGGUGGAAAAUAAGUAUUUGGUCACCUACAAACAAGCAAGAUUUCUGGCUCUCACAGACCUGUAACUUCUUCUUUAAGAGGCUCCUCUGUCCUCCACUCGUUACCUGUAUUAAUGGCACCUGUUUGAACUUGUUAUCAGUAUAAAAGACACCUGUCCACAACCUCAAACAGUCACACUCCAAACUCCACUAUGGCCAAGACCAAAGAGCUGUCAAAGGACACCAGAAACAAAAUUGUAGACCUGCACCAGGCUGGGAAGACUGAAUCUGCAAUAGGUAAGCAGCUUGGUUUGAAGAAAUCAACUGUGGGAGCAAUUAUUAGGAAAUGGAAGACAUACAAGACCACUGAUAAUCUCCCUCGAUCUGGGGCUCCACGCAAGAUCUCAUCCCGUGGGGUCAAAAUGAUCACAAGAACGGUGAGCAAAAAUCCCAGAACCACACGGGGGGACCUAGUGAAUGACCUGCAGAGAGCUGGGACCAAAGUAACAAAGCCUACCAUCAGUAACACACUACGCCGCCAGGGACUCACAUCCUGCAGUGCCAGACGUGUCCCCCUGCUUAAGCCAGUACAUGUCCAGGCCCGUCUGAAGUUUGCUAGAGUGCAUUUGGAUGAUCCACAAGAGGAUUGGGAGAAUGUCAUAUGGUCAGAUGAAACCAAAAUAGAACUUUUUGGUAAAAACUCAACUCGUCGUGUUUGGAGGACAAAGAAUGCUGAGUUGCAUCCAAAGAACACCAUACCUACUGUGAAGCAUGGGGGUGGAAACAUCAUGCUUUGGGGCUGUUUUUCUGCAAAGGGACCAGGACGACUGAUCCGUGUAAAGGAAAGAAUGAAUGGGGCCAUGUAUCGUGAGAUUUUGAGUGAAAACCUCCUUCCAUCAGCAAGGGCAUUGAAGAUGAAACGUGGCUGGGUCUUUCAGCAUGACAAUGAUCCCAAACACACCGCCCGGGCAACGAAGGAGUGGCUUCUUAAGAAGCAUUUCAAGGUCCUGGAGUGGCCUAGCCAGUCUCCAGAUCUCAACCCCAUAGAAAAUCUUUGGAGGGAGUUGAAAGUCCGUGUUGCCCAGCGACAGCCCCAAAACAUCAUUGCUCUAGAGGAGAUCUGCAUGGAGGAAUGGGCCAAAAUACCAGCAACAGUGUGUGAAAACCUUGUGAAGACUUACAGAAAACGUUUGACUUGUGUCAUUGCCAACAAAGGGUAUAUAACAAAGUAUUGAGAAACUUUUGUUAUUGACCAAAUACUUGUUUUCCACCAUCAUUUGCAAAUAAAUUCAUAAAAAAUCCUACAAUGUGAUUUUCUGGAAUUUUUUUUCUCAUUUUGUCUGUCAUAGUUGACUUGUACCUAUGAUGAAAAUUACAGUGGGAGAACUUGCACAAUUGGUGGCUGACUAAAUACUUUUUUUCCAUACUGUAGAAAACUGUCAAAUAAAUCCAAACAAAUCCAAAUGCAGCAACAUUUCAGAGAACAUUGCCUGUUUUUUUGUUUAUCUUGACCCCCUUACAUAAAACGACAUACUCUAUCUUGCUAUUUGUAUUACACUUUCCAUGACGAGCCAUUAUCUAAAAACCUUUGGUUUUAGUCUGACAACACCAAGAGCCUAAGUUGUCAAGAGUGGUUUGAGCCAGGGACCAUUAGCACAAUGCCUAUGUAAUUAAAGCAAUCCCUUCAGGGCUGGCUGUGCUAGCCAGCUGCACGUCAAUGUUCUAACUCAAUCCAUGCAGGCAGCCCUAGUUGUGAUGACAUAUAGGGAUGGGGCACUGAGCCUUCUUCUGAUGUUGCGUUUUGACACGUCUGUCUGGCCGUCUCCUGCCCACAGCUGAUGAAUGGGUGCCAGCCUUUGAGGGUCUGACAGAGAGGACAUCUGUGAUCAUCCGGGACCUGCCAACCGGGGAGAAGAUGCAGUUCCGUGUCAGAGCCUACAACAUGGCAGGGCCCAGUGCACCUACCUCCCUAGCACAGGCCGUCACUAUCCACGAGAUCAUGCGUAAGCAUUCCCCCAUGAUUGCCUAAAACAAAUAUACAUUUUUCCAUUUUACCCUCCCUCCCAUACAACGAGCAUAAAGUCCAAACAUGUACAAGACAUGCAUUUAUUUUUUACCAGAGAAGUUCCUAAAACACUUGCACUGUAAGAGUAAGACAUCAUCAGUUUGUUCAAAACCCAAAGGUUGAAAUGGAAAGUAAGCGAGGUGUCCUGCUGUUGUCGCCUCUCUCCUAUUUCUCUACAGUUUGAGAUAUUUAGCUGAUGAGGCUUGAAGUUAGCCUCCACUACCCUACAUGGAUCUCAGGGCUCACAGAUCAUGUUUGGGAACACACAUACAUUGCCAAGGUCAUAAGCUAUUUCGCUCUCAGCACCUAACAGAUUAGCUGCGAGGUGUAUUUUGAGGUCUCAGAUGCACACUGAAGCCCCCGGCCUUUCCGCUUGCUGACAGGAUGAUACUAUCACUAAGUGCUGAUUGGCAGUAAGGCAAUUCCACAGUGACAGAGUGACACUGAGACUCAGAUUUUUCACUUUAAAAUGUAUGUCAAACAAAAACCAAUGAUUGCAAAGUUAAACAAACCAUACAACUCUAUGCACAAGGACUACAUUUAACAUUUUCCAUUGAAAGUGUUACAAAAACACAUUUACUUGUAGAAAAGUGCAGAUGCAAAGUUUGGUAACAGAAUGGUGGCACAAACCCUCAUUCUGUUACCAAACUUUGCAAACUUUCAAGUAAAUGUGUUUUUGUCAAAUGUUCUGUGGAAAUUGUUAAAAGUAGUCCUUGUACAUAGAGUUGUAUGGUUUGUUUAACUUUCCAAUCAUUGGUUUUUGUUUGACAUACAUUUUUAAGUGAAAGUCUGUGUCAUUGUUACCGUGGAAUUGCCCAGUAGCACUGACAAGCACUUGAUGUUGUCAACUCACUUGAUGUUGUCAACUCAUGUUGUCAAAGUCAGAGCCAUGAACCACCUUCAAGGGUUGGGCGGUAUCCAGAUUUUCAUACCUUCAUACCGUUCCUGUACCAUAGCGGGGUAUACGGUAUUACCGGCAGUGCACACAACGGCCGCUAUUUCUUUCCCCCAAAAAUUAUCAUAGCGGACGCUAGCUAAAUGCUAACAAGUGCAAGCGACCAUAAACUAAUUGCAAGGACAGACAACCCAGCCCAUAAAGUUAUAUAACUACAGUAUCUCAAAAGGCUAAUCAGUUUGCUGCGGCACAAUUUUCUUUGGGGCAGCCAGGAUUUUUAUCCAGGAGGGGAUUGAUUGUUUCUGCCGUAACCAAGAAGCUUGAUCUUGCGAGCUAGCUACUUAGCUAGCAAGUUAGCAAACCAAAUACGUAGCUGGAGCCUUUUUUAAAAUUUAUUUUCUUCACCUUUAUUUAACCAGGUAAGCCAGUUGAGAACAAGUUCUCAUUUACAACUGCGACCUGGCCAAGAUAAAGCAAAGCAGUGCGAUAAAAACAACAACACAGAGUUAUAUAUGGGGUAAACAAAACAUAAAGUCAAAAAUACAACAGAAAAUAUAUGUACAGUGUGUGCGAAUGUAGUAAGUUAUGGAGGUAAGGCAAUAAAUAGGCCAUAGUGCAAAAUAGUUACAAUUUCGUAUUAACACUGGAAUGAUAGAUGUGCAAAAGAUGAUGUGCAAAUAGAGAUACUGGGGUGCAAAUUAGCAAAAUAAAUAACAAUAUGGGGAUGAGGUAGUUGGGUGGGCUAAUUUCAGAAUGGCUGUGUAAAGGUGCAGUGAUCGGUAAACUGCUCUGACAACUGACGCUUAAAGUUAGUGAGGGAGAUAAGAGUCUCCAGCUUCAGAGAUUUUUGCAGUUCGUUCCAGUCAUUGGCAGCAGAGAACUGGAAGGAAUGGCGGCCAAAGGAGGUGUUGGCUUUGGGGAUGACCAGUGAUAUAUACCUGCUGGAGCGCAGACUACGGGUGGGUGUUGCUAUGGUGACCAGUGAACUAAGAUAAAACUGGGAUUUGCCUAGCAGUAAUUUAUAGAUGACCUGGAGCCAGUGGGUUUGGCGAUGAAUAUGUAGUGAGGGCCAGCCAACAAGAGCGUACAGGUCACAAUGGUGGGUAGUAUAUGGGGCUUUGGUGACAAAACGGAUGGCACUGUGAUAGACUACAUCCAAUUUGCUGAGUAGAGUGUUGGAGGCUAUUUUGUAAAUGACAUCGCCGAAGUCAAGGAUCGGUAGGAUAGUCAGUUUUACUAGGGCAUGUUUGGCAGCAUGAGUGAAGGAGGCUUUGUUGCGAAAUAGGAAGCCGAUUCUAGAUCUAACUUUUGAUUGUAGAUGCUUAAUGUGAGUCUGGAAGGAGAGUGUACAGUCUAACCAGACACCUAGGUAUUUGUAGUUGUCCACAUACUCUAGGUCAGACCCGCCGAGAGUAGUGAUUCUAGUCGGGUGGGCGGAUGCAAGCAGCGUUCGGUUGAAGAGCAUGCAUUUAGUUUUACUAGUGUUUAAGAGCAGUUGGAGGCUACGGAAGGAGUGUUGUAUGGCGUUGAAGCUCGUUUGGAAGUUCGUCCAGCUGGAGCCUUGAGCUGGAGAUCAUUGAUUUGGUAGCACGCACACCCGCAGCCCCCGUGAGGCAGGUAGGCCCCCGAGCUUUAGGGUACUGAUGGCAUUGGCAUCAUUUCAGGUAAACCUAUGGUAGGCUAUAGCAAAGUGACUUUAUUUAUUCUAUUUACUGCAUUUCUACACAAUUUAAAAACUCUAAAAUGCUAUUCGGAGAACAGCAAAAACAAGCAAUUGACAACAAUUGACUCCAUCCAUUAUCACCUUGGCUGCUGUAGCUUCAUUCACCUCAGUUGAUAAGGGACAUAAAUAACAUUCUUCAGCAACAUGUCUUACAGCAAUUAGCUGCUACGCACUAGCUCAGCACCGGGAUUGAAAACUCUAGUUUAGUUUCAUGUCAAGUCAAACAGCAGUUACCUAGUCAACUACAGCCAUUUUCCACCUCUGCACUGUUUUGAGAGGAAAGUCGGGCUCUUCACUGCAGCCAGGCAAACAGCCUUCCCGCCCACUCCAAGGUGUCUGCAUGGUCCUAAAGCUAGCCCAAAUUGAUACCCCUGAUUGACAGUAUUGAAAACACGAUAUACCGCCAAGCCUACCACUUUCCCCACACACGCACACACAGCACACCACAAAACUGUACCCAAACACUUUUAUUAAUUGACAUCUUAUGAUAUUUUUGGUCACAGAGAAACCCAAAAUCUGGAUUCCAAGAAAUCUCCGCCAGACCCUCAUCAAGAAAGUGGAGGAGACAAUCAACCUUGUGAUCCCUUUCCAGGUACGGGGUAGAGUACACCCUUCACACUCUAUAGGAUGAAUGUACUUAAUAUAUGCUGGUGCCCUUGCCCAUAAGACAAAUAUGUUGAAUGACACAGGAACUAUAAAUUGCUAUUUGCUUUUCUUUGGUGCACAUUGAGUUAUGGAAUGGUGCUACCCACAUGACAAAAUACUAUAGUUUACUAUAGAAUACUACAGUAGGCCUACUUACUAUAGAAUUCUUUAGUAAACUCUAGUAUACUGUAGAAUACUAUACUACACACUGUUUCCCAAUGUCAUGUGUAGUACAGAUGUAGGAUCUUAAUUUGAUCACCCUGUUUUCAGGAGAACUUUUCUGCAAUGCAGGAAAUUGAAAACUUGUAGUGUAUUUGAGGUUGAAAAGGGCUUAAUUUUUCAACAAAAAUGUCCAUUAAUUAAAAUCCACAUAAUAAUUCACUUAUUACUGAUUUUCCUGCUGUAGCGAACAGGCUCAAAUUAAGAUCCUACAUCUGUACUUACUAUAGCAUUUUGUAGUAUACUGUAGAAUACUAUAGUAAAUACUACAUUAUUAUCCGCACCAAAAAAAUACUUAAGUAAAUACUACAGUAAUGUCCGCAAAACACAACAGUUUUUUAUGUAUAAAAAUACUACAGUAUUUAAUUUUCAUAUUCCCCUCCCCCAUAACCCAAUUUGUGCCACCCAUAAGUGAGAAACCUACAUGCCAAGUAUAGACCAUACUGUGUUCACUACAGGUUAUAGAAAAGAGCAGAGGCUCUGAACUAUCUGUUCAGACCACAGUCCUACAUAUCUACAGGUUAUGCAAAAUUAGCUCUUUUAGUAUUUGUCCAGUACACUACCAGUCAAAAGUUUGGACACACCUACUCAUUCCAGGGUUUUUCUUAAUUUUUACUAUUUUUUAUAUUGUAGAAUAAUGGUGAAGACAUCAAAACUAUGAAAUAACACAUGUGGAAUCAUGUAGUAACCAAAAAAGUGUUAAAUAAAUCAAAAUAUAUUUUAUAUUUGAGAUUCUUCAAAUAGCCACCCUUUGCACACUCUUGGCAUUCUCUCAGCCAGCUUCAUGAGGUAGUCACCUGGAAUGCGUUUCAAUUAACAGGUGUGCCUUCUUAAAAGUUAAUUUGUGAAAUUUAUUUCCUUAUUUUGACAGACUGAUAACUGAUACAGACAUGAUUCUCUUAAGCAGCUCAUAGUGAGUGACUGCUGAAAACCACAAGCCAAGGAGUCUGGGCCACCGCCAAAUGUACCACCAUCUACUGUAUCCAUUAGGCACACUUAUCUAGGUUAAAAUCUGCCAUUAAAAUAUCUGAACAAUUUCACAUUUCAAAUUUCUUAGUUUAGAGAUGUAUGGAAAUCAUCAUCACCCCUGGAAAUAUAAUGAUUAUGUAGUAAAUUUAGGCUACUGAGGUAAACUAAUUUUUCACAAAUACUUGUCCUGUAGUCCUCCAGAGUCUGGUUUGGCCUUAAAAAAAAAGAGAAUGUUUAUGUUAAUUUCCAAUCUCAAUUAUUUUUUAUUUUAGGGUAAGCCAAGGCCUGUGAUCACCUGGACUAAAGAUGGGGAGCCUCUGAACCCAAAGCAGGUCAGCGUCCGGAACAGCGACACCGACACAAUCCUCUUCAUCCGCAAGUCAGAGAGGAAGGACUCUGGGAAGUACGAAAUCAAGCUGCAGAUUGAGAAUGUUGAGGACACAGCCAGCAUCUCAAUUCAAAUAGUCGGUGAGGACUCCUUACAACUCUAAUGGUUUUGAAUAGAAUGGAAAUGUUUUAUGAUUGAUUGAUGAGUCACUUUCAUAUCAUAGUGAACAAUAUCAUUCACACAAACAGAGACUUUGCAAUGUCCACAUACCAGAUAGAGUAUUUUGGAUUCAGUUAUUGGAUAAGUUGAUAACUGAAGCCAGCUUAUCAAGGCCCUAUAAGAAGAGAAAGUAAUGUAAAAAGGAUGUAAUAUUAUUCAAAUUUUAUUAUUUUUGUAAUUUCUUGUACCAUAUUGUCUUUCAUUGAAAUAGUAAGAUGAAUGCACCAAUUUGUAAGUCGCUCUGGAUAAGAGCGUCUGCUAAAUGACUUAAAUGUAAAUGUAAAUGUAAUGAUUGAUUCUGUGGUGGCACUAUCGGUUUACUCAGAAUGGGUUUAUGCUGUAUCUGAGGUGAUAACUACAUUGAAACUGACACAUCCCGCAAGCUGGUCCCUUUGCCGUCAUUAUCAUUGGAUAUUGAAACAAAACCACACCUUCCCCUAAAAUACAGCGUAAACAAUAUUCUAAGUGUACCCGCCGUGUGGUUUACCUUAUCUGUGAUUAAUUGAAUUGGAGUUUAAGGCAAAGUUAUGGUACAGUAUGUUGACUCAAUAAAUAUUAUUUAUUAUCUUUAGAUUUGCCAGGGUCUCCAGAGAAACUGAAGAUCAUGGAUGUUUGGGGCUUCAACGUGGCUCUGGAGUGGAAGCCACCCAAGGACAAUGGAAACUGUGAAAUAACCGGCUAUAUGGUUCAGAAGGCUGACAAGAAGACCAUGGUGAGAGUCAAUGUGCUGGGCAGUGUCUUAACAUGAAAAUGUUCUCUUCAUCAAUUUGUGCAAGAGGUUGAUAUACAACACAAAAUUAGCAAUCAAUAUUGGUCAGACAAUAUUGAAUGAGUAAGGUUAUACGAAGAUCAUACACUGCCCCACCCAUGGCAGGUUCAGGAAAGCAUGAUCUAUAUUCUAAAUUAUGAUUAGGCUAAUAUUUAUUUUCACAUCCCAGUAUGUGUGUGAGAGAGGGAGAGAUACCUGAUAAUAUCAGUUAGUUAUCUGGCUGGGCUCAGAGUGAACUAUGCCAAGCUCUGAAUGUUAGAACGCUGGGUUUAAUAACCAUACCAUUGCGAAGGCAAGGUACAGUGGGGAAAAAAAGUAUUUAGUCAGCCACCAAUUGUGCAAGUUCUCCCACUUAAAAAGAUGAGAGAGGCCUGUAAUUUUCAUCAUAGGUACACGUCAACUAUGACUGACAAAUUGAGAAUUUUUUUCUCCAGAAAAUCACAUUGUACCUAUGAUUUUUAUUUAUUUGCAAAUUAUGGUGGAAAAUAAGUAUUUGGUCACCUACAAACAAGCAAGAUUUCUGGCUCUCACAGACCUGUAACUUCUUCUUUAAGAGGCUCCUCUGUCCUCCACUCGUUACCUGUAUUAAUGGCACCUGUUUGAACUUGUUAUCAGUAUAAAAGACACCUGUCCACAACCUUAAACAGUCACACUCCAAACUCCACUAUGGCCAAGACCAAAGAGCUGUCAAAGGACACCAGAAACAAAAUUGUAGACCUGCACCAGGCUGGGAAGACUGAAUCUGCAAUAGGUAAGCAGCUUGGUUUGAAGAAAUCAACUGUGGGAGCAAUUAUUAGGAAAUGGAAGACAUACAAGACCACUGAUAAUCUCCCUCGAUCUGGGGCUCCACGCAAGAUCUCACCCCGUGGGGUCAAAAUGAUCACAAGAAUGGUGAGCAAAAAUCCCAGAACCACACGGGGGGACCUAGUGAAUGAGCUGCAGAGAGCUGGGACCAAAGUAACAAAGCCUACCAUCAGUAACACACUACGCCGCCAGGGACUCAAAUCCUGCAGUGCCAGACGUGUCCCCCUGCUUAAGCAGGUACAUGUCCAGGCCCAUCUGAAGUUUGCUAGAGUGCAUUUGGAUGAUCCAGAAGAGGAUUGGGAGAAUGUCAUAUGGUCAGAUGAAACCAAAAUAUAACUUUUUGGUAAAAACUCAACUCGUCGUGUUUGGAGGACAAAGAAUGCUGAGUUGCAUCCAAAGAACACCAUACCAACUGUGAAGCAUGGGGUGGAAACAUCAUGCUUUGGGGCUGUUUUUCUGCAAAGGGACCAGGACGACUGAUCCGUGUAAAGGAAAGAAUGAAUGGGGCCAUGUAUCGUGAGAUUUUGAGUGAAAACCUCCUUCCAUCAGCAAGGGCAUUGAAGAUGAAACGUGGCUGGGUCUUUCAGCAUGACAAUGAUCCCAAACACACCGCCCGGGCAACGAAGGAGUGGCUUCGUAAGAAGCAUUUCAAGGUCCUGGAGUGGCCUAGCCAGUCUCCAGAUCUCAACCCCAUAGAAAAUCUUUGGAGGGAGUUGUAAGUCCGUGUUGCCCAGCGACAGCCCCAAAACAUCACUGCUCUAGAGGAGAUCUGCAUGGAGGAAUGGGCCAAAAUACCAGCAACAGUGUGUGAAAACCUUGUGAAGACUUACAGAAAACGUUUGACCUGUGUCAUUGCCAACAAAGGGUAUAUAACAAAGUAUUGAGAAACUUUUGUUAUUGACCAAAUACUUAUUUUCCACCAUAAUUUGCAAAUAAAUUCAUAAAAAAUCCUACAAUGUGAUUUUCUGGAUUUUCUUUCUCUCAUUUUGUCUGUCAUAGUUGACAUGUACCUAUGAUGAAAAUUACAGGCCUCUCAUCUUUUUAAGUGGGAGAACUUGCACAAUUGGUGGCUGACUAAAUACUUUUUUCCCCCACUGUAGCUAAGCUCUCUGACACACAGCCAUAAUUGACUAAUGUAUGUACACUAUGUGAGGGGAAGAAUGCUACAUGGUCACCGAGGGGUAUUUUACCCUCCCUUGUGACACACAGUCAACCACAGCUUGGCAGAGAGUCUUUGUGGGUAAGGAGAGCUGCAUUCUGGGCCUGUUUGUUUGAUCUCCAACUGCCACCUUCCACCACCCCAGGCAGCCACCCAGAGCACAGCAAGCCAAGCACACCCUGUUUUUAGCCCCCAGCCUUGGCCUCAUACUGGACAUGGCUUGUCUGUGUAGUGAUGCAAAGCCAUUGUACUUCUGAGCUGCAAGGUUAGUUGCUAAAUAAAAAGCUCCCUGUUCAGGUUUCACACGAGUCAUUAUUAGACCCAAUUAAUUUUCUUCCAUCUCACAAUGGCAGGCUGUGAGAUAUGAGGUUAUCAUGUUACAAAGAACAAUAUCUCAAUUGGAUAUCUGAGAUGCCCCGUUGCUAAAUAUAAAACUGUUGGGGCCCUUUGUUUGGCAUACAUUCAUUGAAGGUGGCAUGCAUACUCAUUCUCUCAAGAGACACGUUUCACUGACAUUGUGGUUUAGUUGAACUGUAGUAUUUUGGUAGCCCUAAAAUAUGGUCUCACUUAAAAAUGAAGAGUUUGACUAAAAUGUGGUUGAUUUUCAGGAAUGGUACACUGUCUAUGAGCUAUAUAGGCGAACUAACUGUGUGGUGGCUGACCUCAUCAUGGGGAAUGAAUACAUCUUCCGUAUCUAUGCUGUGAACAUGGUAGGCCUCAGCCUAGAGCCCUGCUUCUCAGCAGACAGCGCCUACAUCCAGAAAACAGGUGGGCUCUCAUACCUGGUGCACUGUUCAUUACAGUAAUACCACCCUGACAUAAUAUCUAUAAACAAACAAAAGUUAUACAUUUAACAUGGUCAUUGUGUAUGUAUGUAGGAGCGGAAUUCACAUGAAAUAAAACGUUUUUUUAACAUCCACUACUGCCACCUGUGUAAAACCGAUAAACCUUCUGAACAUAAGUUGAGCACUGCACCUGUCCAUCCGUUCAUCAGGUUUCGAAUACAAGCCUCCAACCUACAAGGAGCAUGACUUUUCCGAGGCGCCUAAGUUCACUCACCCUCUGGUGAGCCGCUCAGUCAUAGCAGGCUACAACGCCACCCUCAGCUGCUCUGUCAGAGGCAUCCCCAAGGUGAGGUGUCCCUAUACAAGUGAGAAUGACAUAGAUAAAGCCUAUGCUACUAACCAUGAAUGAUACAGUCACUGUUAUCACCAUCAGAAUCACCAUGAAAUCAGCAUGACCAUUACAUUAUCAUAAUGUAUGCUACUAGUGCUGUAGGGGAAUGACAAGCAUGUCCUGACCAGUAAAAGCUAUGAGCCUUAGUUAUAGCAGAUAGACAUUAUUACUUCAUUAUUUUUGCCAUAAUGCAUUGUUAUAGGCAAAUCUAGUUCACAUUGUAACCUCUCUCUCUCAGCCCAAAGUGACAUGGUACAAAAACAAGAUGGACAUCUCCAACGAGGCCAAGUACCGUAUGUUUAGUAAGCAGGGCGUACUCACCCUGGAGAUCCGCAAGCCCUGCUCAUUUGACGGGGGAGUGUACAUGUGCAAAGCAGUCAAUGCCAGUGGAGAAGACGUAGUGGAGUGCAAGCUGGAGAUUCGCCGUAAGUAUCCCUAA